UGGGAAAGAGUUCUGCGUGUUCGCACUGAGGGUUGGAGACGACGAUGAAGCUCACGUGGAAGAACAAGGGCAAUACUAAGAAGCGAUCUCUUACAGCAAUUUCACGCCGUUCAAAUCUUCCUUUUGAGGUACCUGACGAGGUGGAGGAAGACGAUAGGGCUAAUCCCCAAGAUAAAGAAGUAAACGUUGAGGCGAUAGACCGGAGAGAGGAUGAAGCUUCAGACCGUUCGUUUUCAGACCUCAAACGUCUCGCUGAAUCAUUUCAGGCUCAAGGCGAUACGCUUGCCGAGGAUGGGAAAUUUCGGGAAGCUCUAGGAAAAUGGGAGACUGCUCUUACUUUGAUGCCUGAAAAUGCAGUUUUACAUGAACAAAAGGCACAAGUUCUACUGGAGGUUGGGGAAGCUUGGGGUGCUUUGAAGGCAGCAACCAGAGCUACUGACUUAGAUCCAUCAUGGGCUGAGGCGUGGAUCACUCUUGGUAGAGCACAGUUAAACUUUGGGGAACCUGAUAGUGCUAUAGAAAGCUUUGACAGAGCACUGGCCAUUAAGCCUGAUUCUGGAGAUGCCCGAGAUGAUCGACAAACUGCAAUGCAUCUUAUAAAGCGUCGAAAACAGCUCCAUUCAGCUGGGUUGAGCAGUUCUAAAAAUCGUUAUUUGGUGGGAGAUAAGUUGAACAAUGCUGAUGGUUCAUGAAGUGUAAUCUAAAAAAUAAUAGGAUGUAGUUUGUAAUUUAGGAUCUUAAUGCAUGGUUGAGCUUCCCCAUGACCAAAAGAAGCAUGUACCUGGGUUUGUUUAGUUUGCAUAUAACUAAGUCCUCUUUGUGUGUGUGUAUAUAUAUAUAUUUACUAAAUAUGAGGAAAAAAGAAAAUACAGGUACAAAGCUAAA